AGCUAUAUGUAGGAUGUCAUGAAUGAGAAUGGUUGCGCAUGGCGCUAUGGCAACGGCCGGCAAACUUGAAAAUGAACUUCAACAUUACGUCCCCUUAGGAUCAAUUGUUAUGUGCGUCGACCCCUACGCCAAUAAGAUAGAGGGUGAAUUAGUGGCUAUGGAUGAGCCCACCGGUAUGAUAAUAAUAAAGAGUGUAAGCAACGACCAGAAGGAGGAUUUAACUGUUCUUAACAGAGAGCUGCUUACCGAGUUUGAAGUCAAGAAGUAUGCUCCUAAUAAUACCAGAGGUGCGUUCAUGCCGGAGCGAAUUGUAAGUGAGAGCGCUGUGAGGAAAGCUAUCAUCGAGAAGGAAGAGGCCAUCAACAGAGUUGGGCCUAAAGAUGUUAGUUUGGCAGGCAGGGAGCUCUUCAAGGUCAUCAACAAAACGUACACGAAUCUCGAGUGGCGUGGAAAUGUAAUACAAGGCCUUGACGGAGAUUUCUUUGUACACCCACCUUACAAAUCUAACGAUGUCAAAGGAAAUACUGAGGAUGCAGUGGCUAGAAUCAAGAAAGUGGUUGACAAGUUUCACCAAGAUUUCGUGAAGAAGCACGGGCCACAGAGUGACUCAUAGACAGGACUACAGGAUACGGGACUGUUGUGUUAUAAUAACUUAUGAUUUUCAACUGCUGAACCAUAUGAUUGCCAAUUAUAAUUUAUUCGUUGUACCUAAAUCCGUGAUACCCAGUUUUUAAAUCAAUGCUUUUCGGAACCCUAUUUAAUGAAGUGUCUUAAGAGCACCAUUCGAAGAUCUUGCUUUAAUUUGAAAAAUUUCCCGAUUCAUUUUACAUGAAAUAUUUGGUAACUUCCUUGUUUAAUAAUAUGUUUAUAUAUUUCAGUUAUUUUCAUGAGAACCGACUGUAGGUUUAUAGGAAUUUAAAAACAGGAAGGGUAAUUUCAGCUAUUUUAUUGGUCAUAUUUGAUAUUUGGAUUUGUUUCCAUUUAA